ACCGGAAGUGACGCUAGUGAGUUCCGGUUGGCCGGAGCUCCGCGGCGGGUGUGAGAGACGGUCAGGAGCCGCUUCAAGGAUCCUGAGAUCCGGAGAAGCCGGGGUCAGAUCGGGUAGUUCCUCAAGAGUUAUUGAUCUGUGAAAUGGCAGAGAAUGGAAAAAAUUGUGACCAGAGACGUGUAGCAAUGAACAAGGAACAAUAUAAUGGAAGCUUCACAGACCCCUCUUCAGUGAAUGAAAAGAAGAGGAGGGAUCGAGAAGAAAGACAGAAUAUUGUACUGUGGAGACAGCCACUCAUUACCUUGCAGUAUUUUUCUCUGGAAAUCCUAGUAAUCUUGAAGGAAUGGACCUCAAAAUUAUGGCAUCGUCAAAGCAUUGUGGUGUCUUUUUUACUGCUGCUUGCUGUUCUUAUAGCUACGUAUUAUGUUGAAGGAGCACAUCAACAGUAUGUGCAACAUAUAGAGAAACAGAUUCUUUUGUAUGCCUACUGGAUAGGCUUAGGGAUUUUGUCUUCUGUUGGACUUGGAACAGGGCUGCACACCUUUCUGCUUUAUCUGGGUCCACAUAUAGCUUCAGUUACAUUAGCUGCUUAUGAAUGCAAUUCAGUUAAUUUCCCUGAACCACCCUACCCUGAUCAGAUUAUUUGUCCAGAUGAAGAGGACAUUGAAGGAGCCAUUUCUUUGUGGAGCAUCAUCUCAAAAGUUAGGAUUGAGGCCUGUAUGUGGGGUAUCGGUACAGCAAUUGGAGAGCUGCCUCCGUAUUUCAUGGCCAGGGCAGCUCGCCUCUCAGGUGCUGAACCAGAUGAUGAAGAUUAUCAGGAAUUUGAAGAGAUGCUGGAACAUGCAGAGACUGCACAAGACUUUGCCUCCCGGGCUAAACUGGCAGUUCAAAACUUAGUACAGAAAGUUGGAUUUUUUGGAAUUUUGGCCUGUGCUUCAAUUCCAAAUCCUCUAUUUGAUCUGGCUGGAAUAACAUGUGGACACUUUCUUGUACCCUUUUGGACUUUCUUUGGUGCAACCCUGAUUGGAAAAGCAAUAAUUAAAAUGCAUAUCCAGAAAAUCUUCGUUGUAAUAACAUUCAGCAAACACAUAGUGGAACAGAUGGUGGCUUUCAUUGGUGCUGUCCCGGGCAUAGGUCCAUCUCUACAGAAGCCGUUCCAGGAGUACCUGGAAGCCCAGCGGCAGAAGCUCCACCACAGAAGCGAGCUGGGCACACCACAGGGAGAAAACUGGUUGUCCUGGGUGUUUGAGAAGUUGGUCGUUGUAAUGGUGUGUUACUUCAUCCUGUCCAUCAUUAACUCCAUGGCACAAAGCUAUGCCAAACGAAUCCAACAGCGGUUGAACUCAGAGGAGAAAACUAAAUAAGCAGAAGAGGUUUUAAUGGCAGAUAUUAGAACAGAUGGGUUCUACCUUAAAUUGGGAGGACUCCAAAUCAGGAAGGAAAUGUCCCUUUUCCAACCUGUAUUGAUUUAAUUUUUGUUUUUCCAAAAGGAGUUUAGUCCAUACUUUGCACUAUAUACUUUUUCUUUUGUGUGUUAAGGUAAGGUAUCCACCCUCAAUUCAAUCCAAGUUGUAUUUUAUUGGGGUGGAAUGUGAUGUUCAGCAGCAAAUUUAACAGAAACUGGCCUUCUAAUUCUUAACUUUCAAAAGGUCCACGUGGUACAACUAAAGAAUUCCAGACACCAAAAAAAUAGUUCCUAAGUAUGUUCAGUAUGCCAAGCUUUUAGGCUUGUCAUAAAUGACUGCUUUGUUUUUCUAAGUCAUCAAAAUGUAUAUAAAUUACACUAGAUUGGAUAACAGUCUUGCAUGUCUACCAUGGUAAAAUUAAACAUGCCAUCCUGCCCAGCCCUUCCUCUUCCACCUUUAAAAAAAGACUGUUUUAUGAUGCAUUGCACACCCUCUUGGGAAAGUGAUCUUUAAAUUUUGAGACAGUAUAAGGAAAAUCUUGUUGGUGUCUCACAAAUGAGCUGACACCAUUUUUUAUUCUGUAUAUUUAGAAUGAAGUUAUGAGAAAACUUUAUAAAAGACAUCUUUGAUCAUUCCAGAAUUGUGUCCGUUUUCUUGAGCGUUCUGGUUUUUUACUUUGAGUUUCUACCAACUAGUGGCAGUCUUGCCAAGUCUACCCACAACCAUAGUUUCUUAAGCCUUCACGUAUUGGUGUGGAAGAGCCACCACCAAGGCGUUUUUCUGUAGGCUGCAAUCGGGCAGUGCGCUGUGCAGUGCUGAAGUGGCACCGUAGCGGUGGGUUUGUGGAAGGAGAAAUGAGAGUAUUAAAAUCAAAGGCCACUAGAGAGAACUUUUUUUGAACCAUGCUUUUUCAUAUCUGUUGAUUUUAGCUCAGCAUGUACUCUGGUUUUAACAGACAGAAAUUUACUUUUAUGUAUGUAACCUGAUUUUCUUGCCUUUCUUCAGUAAGUGUUUUGUUCUUACAUGGCUUUCCUUGGAUGUUUCUGGUUGAACGUGGUCACUUAGUUUUGCUGAGAGGAAAAUAAACAAUUUCACUUUUUUCCUUUAGGAAAAUUGGUACUGACAUUAUGUUGAGAGUAGAAUUGGGUUUAAAUCUCAACAGACCAGAAAUGCCUGAUUUGUUUGAUCAAAUCCUGCCUGAAUGUCUGCUUGUUUUGCCUCCCGUCGUGACAUCUCCAUGGCUGUACCACCUUGUCGGGUAGCUUAUCAGACUGAUGUUGACUGUUGAAUCUCAUGGCAACAGCAGUCGAUGGGCUGUCUGACAUUUUGGUAUCUUUCAUCUGACCAUCCAUGUCAAAUGUUCCCAUUCAAACAUUACAUGGUUUAUGAUAAAUAGCAUCAUGGUUUAUGAUAAAAUAAAGCCUCUGGUCCUUAAGUCUAAUGGCACUUUGAAUCUUUUAUGUCAUGGUAUUGCAGCAGUAUUGAGAGGAUUUUAUGGGAAAUUGGGAUAGUUCUCUUGACUACACUUAAAUAAAGGACAAGCAACCCACCUUGUAGAUUUUGAAAAGGUUAUUAACAUCUUAACAAUUUUUUUUUCCUGCCCAGGAACUAUCUGGCAGUGUGACUGUUACCUUACUUGAAAAGUAGUACCCAAAUGCUUUAAGUAGAUUCACGCUAACCAACAUGACUUACAGAUCUUCAGGGUCAGCAUAAGUUUCUAAAUCAGCCUCCAAUUGUGUUUCAUCUCCUUUACCUGCACCUUAUUUGUUGUUUGAAGAAAAGAGGAAAGCAGAUAUGAAUUGGACUCAUAUCAAGUCUUUGGGAUUUAUUGGUAAAUUUCUUUCAGGGGAGGGUAUUGGAAAAAUAAAACUUUUGUUCCUUACA